UUAUCAGGAGCUCGCACCUUCGAAGGGACGAGCGGGGUGCUGAAGGUGUCGCAAGCUAAAAUAAAAGCGAAACAACGCAAGAUUUCACCAGGAGUGACGAGUCCGCGGCGCGCGAAAGGGUGACUUUGUUGCAGUACGCACGAGCGCAGAGCGAGGAGCGUAGGGCAUCAUACCGCAGGCUUGAUAACGAAGUGAACACGCGUUCGAAACCAUGUGGGACGACGAACCCGCAUCAUGGGACAUUGAGGAACCCGCUGCCGCGACAGAAGGUGCGACUGCAGAGGGUGAAGCACCCGCCGAAGGUGCGGUUUCCGACAAGCCGGUUCUAAAGUUAGAGAAACUCGAGCCGCCUCAUUACAAUCACCAUUGGGUCCGACCGCUAUUCCUCAACUACACGUAUCUUUACAAUUACAGGAAAAACUAUUAUGACGACGUGAUCGAUUAUCUGAAUCAAAGACAGAAGGGUUUGUAUCGUGAACCACCCAGAGCUCAGGAAUGGGCGGAAAGAGCUAUGAGAACGUACGACCAGAAGAACAAGGACAAGAGCAUCAAGCGAUCGGCAGACAUGAAGUACAUCACCAACAUGGAUCUCAAAUCCAGACAUUACAGCUAUCAUACUCGCGCUUAUUACAGCUUGAAAUAUCAGAAAAUUCUGUGAAAACUCCCGAGGCGUCUCGA